CAUUGCUUGAUAAGAAAAUGUCAUCUAGUUCAAGUUGUACGAGGAGAAGAUAUAAUGUUGGGGGAUCCGUAGAAAUUCGAGAGUGUGAAUGUGGGAAUGAGCUUGUAAUUCGAACAUCUUGGACGGAUCGCAAUCCAGGAAGGAGGUUUUUUCAUUGUUCUGAAUCUCCGGGAAGGAAGGGAUGUGGUUUUUUUGAAUGGACAGAUCCUCCAAUGUGUCCAAGGUCAAUUUGUAUAAUACCGGGCCUGUUGAAGAGGAUAAAUAGAGACAGAGAAGAAAUGGGGAGAUUAAAGGCCAUGUUAAACGCCAUUGCUAAGGAAAAAGAAGAGAAGUCAAAGGGAAAGACAUGUUGCAAAAUCAGUGGUGUAAUUGUGUUUUCAGUUGUGAUUGCAAUUUUUUUUGUAUUUCAUGUGUUUACAAAUUCAGUAUGAAUGGUUAGAAUGC